AUGGACCGGGCGCGUCACGACAGGAUGCACAAGCAUGCGAGCAAGACUAAGGUGGUGAUUAAGAAGAGUGCUGGUCCUCGGCUGGAAGUUGUGCAAAGUACCCCGACGAUUGGUUCUGGAACUUCCUCAUCCUCCCCGGUGGCUGUAGGAUCUCCCUUUCGUGCUUUUGACCAAGGGGAUUCUCUGAGGCCUGCUACCGAGGAGCUGAAGGCCCGAGAUCAGGAGCUGGCGGAUUUGAGGGCUAGUCUGAGUGCCAAGGAGGAUGCUCUGGAUGACGUGCAGGGGCAAUACACUCUGCUCUAUCGGACCCUUUAUGGAGUGAUGCUGUCUUCCUCGAUUAGGGAGGCUUCUCUUCGUUGGUUUUUGGCCCCUGCUGAGGACGAGAUUGACGAGGAGAAGGCUCUCUUGACCCGGGCGGAUCUGAUCCAGUACAUACGUGUUCUGGGCAAAGACUGCGUGGCUGCUGCAGAAGAUACCUAUAACUCCAUCGUGGCCCAGCUUAAGCUGAAGAAUCCUAGGGUGGAUUUGACAACCGAGGGUACCGGUCCUUAUCUUCGAGUGGAGGGCGACCAGAUCGUUUCCCCAGAAUUCAAGGCCAGAUGCAAAACCAAACUUAUUCUUACACUUGUACUUUUUGAACCAAAAAAUGUUGUAUUGCUAAACUGA